UACAUCAUCAUUUUCAGUUAUGUUCAAAUUAAUGAUAUGUCAGAUAUGUUUGAAACAAUUUUAUAUUUACUGUUUUUACCGUUUCCGGACAUGCAUACCGCGAAUCUGCAACGUCUGCUCGGUUCAGUAUCUAAUAAAUUUAUAGAAACUGUUGGCUUGCUCCCAGAAGGGGUUCAAAUGAUAUUCCGUUCACAAGCGAGGUGACAUCAAUUUAUAUAAUUUCAAAAUUGAAAAAUAAAAGCACAGUUUGAUCUUGGUUUUACUCGAAAACCCGUCUGUGCACGAUUGUUCAUUCGCAUGUAGGAAAAAAUGCCAUUUGAUCCACUUCACCAUAUUUUACAGCAAGACCACCGCUGUGAAAUUUCCAUAAAAUAAACAUUGGUUGAAAUAUCACACAGCGCUCCAAUCUUUGAUAACUAUAGGGUGUGAUCAUAAGUAAUCACAUUCGCUACAGGAAGUGCUCAUCCGUCAUCUUCCGUGUGACAUCAUGCUCAAUCAGACGCUCAUUAGAUAAUUGAAAUAAAAGACGGUAUUGUCCUCGCGGUUGUUUAAAACCGAAAUAUUCUCUUAAAGUUAAUCAUUCAGAUAUUACAACAUAAAAUAAGUCAUUGUUACGUAGGAUUUAACAUUCACGUGUAUCUGGAAUAUGGAAAAAGAAAUUGUACCUAGUCAUAUAAGGAACUGUUCCGUACCGUAUGGUGAUUUAACUCUAGAAAAUAUUUUCCAGGGAUCUUAUACUACUAAACCGGAUUAUAACAGACUGGGAACGGUCAUCGAAGGCAGCCUGCCAGUCUGGUAUAUACCAAACAACACUAUUUCAUCUCGGACACCGUACAGACCGUCACUGAUUUAUCACGGGACUGACCACGUUAACGUCAUCAGAAGAAAACCUGUAGCUAAAGAUAACACGGGUGCGUUGAAGCUUUGGUUGCUGCAACACAAAAAGAAUCCUUACCCUAAUAAACCGGAGAAGAUCAUGCUCGCCAUUUUGUCCAGAAUGACCUUGACACAGGUGUCCACGUGGUUUGCUAAUGCCAGAAGGAGGCUGAAAAAAGAGUUUCCAGAAGACGAUUUUGACAUUCUAGCAGAUUCGCUGCAACAAAACAACUGUUAUGAUGAGCACUAGUUUUCCUUAAUUGUAAAGUAGUCACAUUAUAUAUACGCAAAUGUGAAGAAAUUAGUAUUGUGUGACUCAUUUUAAAUGUUCUUCGCAUAAAAGUGUUCAUAUAAAUCUAUAGUUAAUUUAUAUUAUUAUUCAAGGAAAUAUUUGGGAACUACUAAAUGGAAAUGAAAUGUAUAAUUAUUGUUAUCACGUAUAAUUUAUAUCUAGUAACAAACAUAUUAGCCAGUUUCUACAAAAAAAAGUUUCUUUCAUCCGAAAAUAAAAAAAAAACGUUUGUAUAACUUAUGAUGCAGCAAGCAAUUUCAUCCAAAGCAAGGGUGUAUGCGUUGGUAUAGAUGCUGACAGUCGAACAAUAUCCUUUUUUCUUACCUUUCUUUUAUCUAAGAUUUUCAGACUUUUGCUUAUAAAUUAUCUAAAUCUUAACAAUUGCUAAUUAUAUUGUUUUUAUGUAGUUUCAAUAUCAGCCCAUAUUUUAAAACGAUAAUUAUAGCACUAUCUGUCAUCUUGCUCUCUAAUAUUACCAUAACAAUUAUUUUCGUUUCUCAUUUUUAUUUAAUUUUUUAAUCAUAAAUCAAAUAUUUUUUAUGUAUUUUGAAUUUGAUUUCAUAGUUUAAAAGUUAUUCAUACGCAUAAAUUAUGUCGUUCUGUUUCUCUUAUUUGUGACUUUUAACGUAGAGUGGUGCGUCAGCUUGCUAAUGUUGAAAUGACUUGGCCCAAUCAAUAUGCUUUGAUAAUAAAUAAAAUGAAAUAUUA